AUGACCCUCGGUGACGGAAUCAGACGAAACAUUGCCCAUGUUGAUCCUUCCGAACGCGCCUUGCUGCGCGACGCCAUCAAGCAGCUGAACCAGCAGUACUAUCCUGGCUCUCCUAGCGAGAUACCGCCGGGAGGCGUCAGCUUGUGGUUUAAACAGGACGAGAUUCAUCAAGCCACCCAUGUCCAUGGCGGUCCCGAGUUCCUCCCAUGGCAUCGCGAGUUGACAAAUCACUUCGAGGCCCUCCUGCGCCAGAUCAAUCCCCAGCUGUCGCUUCACUACUGGGACUUCAAAGAAGAUCCCCGCAGCAUCCCUAACGGGAACUUGGGAGCAGGAAACACUGGUCCAGUCAACCUAUUCGAUGCCGACUUCAUGGGGUCUCCACAGGGAGAGAUUGGAGAACCUUGGCUUUCUGCAGGCUUCUAUGAUCCGCAAGCUGGCACACCUGGCCACCCAAGGGGCCGAGAUGUCAGCUUAAAUCCAGCCGAUCCUCCGAUGAGCGUCACUAGGCCUAAUACCUACACGGGACCCCCACCGGUUCCUUUCAUGACCGCAGCCGAGGAGAACCGUAUCCUGGGUCUUCAGAACUUCGGCCCCGCGAUUGCCCAGAACCAUCAAAACGAUACCAAUUUCCAAGCCAACACCAUGCCCAACUUUUUCCGAACAGCCUGGGAAAGCGUUCACUUCAAAGCACAUAUUUACUUUGCAAAGGUCGGCCCGCACUUUGCCUUCCGCGACCCGUUCGUCUUCUUGCUCCACUCGAACGUUGAUCGGAUCUUCGCCAUGUGGCAGUGCGAUCCGGCGCAUCCAGAGCGGUUAGAUCCUGCCAGCGUCUAUGGAGCGGAGUCGAACAUGGAUGUAGACGUCUUAGCGUUUGGAGUGUCCUCGAAGCAGAACCUGACCAACCUGGUCGAGCCCUGGAGUACCGGCCACGGCCAAUUUAGUGACACAGACUUACGCCCCUGGGAGCCGACCCACGAGAACCAGGGCUUUCCGCAUGACUACCACCAUGUUUCAGUCGUCGCCCCGCCGCGUUACGACAACGGUGCUCGGUAA